AUGAAGGCUCCUGUUUCACCUGGCUGUGRCAGCGCCAUGGCCGAGGGCGGCAGCAGCAGCACUAGUGGAGGGGUGCGUGUUCCCCAGGACACCAAGACAGGGGCUGCGUUGGCAGAUGAGAGGGUGGACUUUCUCCGGGAGCAGGCGUUUUGUGUUCUCCGGGUGAAGACUGACAAGUGGAAUCGUUUCAUUGGGGCGGAGGAGAACCAGAGGAUUCUACUGGAUUUCCUGGACCAUGUCUGGAGUGACCGACUACUGCUCUUCACUGGUCCYGGGGGAACACUACACGCUGGAGACGCACAGACGUCAGCCCCUUGGAAGACCAAGCUGAUGUGCGUGCUGAAGAAGGGGGUCCUGAGGAUCACCAUGCAGGGCUUUAGGACUCAGCUGUGGCUGGGGGAGGUCUCCGGACACCCCAUGGAGCACAUGCCGCUCCUCAUCUCCGAGGUCCUGGUGUCAGUGUUAUCUAACUCUCUGAACCACGGCGGUUGGCCUCGGGUGGUGUCUGAGGACAUACACAGACACCUGGAGCAGCUGAGGAGCAAAGUGGUCACUCUGAGAGGCAGGGCAGAGGGACGCACCCUGCUGCCCCUACCACUGUGUGUGGAGAGAGCUCAGCCACAGGACAUACUGCUCAGCUCUAAUGGCUGGCCGAUAGACCGGGCUCUGCUGUACUCCAUAGAGACCCUGGUGAUCCAGUGGUCCGGUCAGAUCUGGACCGUCCUGAAGAGGGAUUCCAGCAUGGUGCUGCAGCAGGGGGACCACCCGGGCCCCAGCGCGGAGCUCCACUUCUGGGCCUGUCAGAGAGGCAACCUGCUAGGCGUCCAUUCACAGAUCAUGAACCCUAAGGUGGAACAGAUCAUGGAGAUUCUGAGGAGGAUCAAUAGCAGUUACUACGCCUCCUUCCACGACAUCUGCCUCAAAGUCAACCAGGCGGUUUUAGAGGCUGAGGAUAUAGACCUCUAYCUGAGACCACUGAGGAGACUGAUCAGUUGUUUUGAGGAGGGGAGUUUCAACAAGAUAGAGAUGCUGUUACCCCCUCUCUUCCACACUCUGUGUCUCAUCUGGAGCCGCUCGCAAUACUACUGCCGCCCCCCACGCAUGGUGCUCCUACUGCAGGAGUUCUGCAAUUUACUCAUCGAGAAGGCGUUUGCGUAUCUGAUCCCAGAGGAGCUGUUUAAGAUGGAACUGGAAGAAGGAGUGGAGAGGGUUCAGAUGGCCAUCAGUGUUCUGCGGAGCUUCAAGCGCCUGUUCCACACACACCGCCAGCGCAUCCCUCAGUACUACCGCAGCGGGGAGACUGUCAAACAAUGGGACUUCCCUUCCACUCUGGUCUUCCACAGGGCUGACCACGUACUAGACAGGCUGCUCAUGAUCGAGGAGCUGUUUGCGUCUGCGCUGGACUUCCUGAAGCUGGAGAAGGUUGAGCUGGGAGGGUCGAGGGGGAAGAUCCUGAGUGAGAUGGUGUUCAGUAUGAACGAGGAGUUCCACGACAGCUGGAGAACUCUGAGGGAGAGCAAAUACGACCCGCUGGACUACACUAAAGAGGUGAAGCUCGACUUCCUAGUGGACUACAGGCGUUUCAUGGAGCAGAACAGAGACUUUGACCAGAGGCUGGGGACCGUUCUCAACCUGGCCUUCCAACACUCUAAAGGCCUGGAGUCUGCCUUCAAGCUCCUCCAGAUCUUUGGCACCCUCUUAGAGAGACCCAGGAUCAACCAGCUGUUCUCCCCAAACUACAGCACCCUGCUGGGCAUGUUCAACACUGAGAUAGACCACUGCCAGCUCAUACUGGACCAGCAGAGAGAGCGGUUGCGGUCGGGCUGUGAGGUCCUGAGUAAGAACAUGCCACCGGUCGCUGGCAACCUGAAGUGGUCGCAGGAGCUACGAGACCGCAUCCUGACUAACCGCAGCAACCUCAACCAUCUCAUACGCAUGCCACUGGGUUCUGCCGAGGCGGAGCAGGUUCUCCAGAAGUGUGAGAGGGUUCUAGAGGUUCUAGACCAGCACGAUGAGGAGCUGUUCUCUGUGUGGACGGAGGGGUUGGAGGAACUGUGCAACACACACCUCCAGGAACCACUACUCACACUGGAUCAAGAGACAGGACUGUUCCAGGUCAACUUCAGCCCUGCACUGACCUCAGUGCUGAGGGAGGUGAAGUAUCUGAGCAUGUUGAAGAACCACAGCAUCCCUAAAGCUGCUCUACACCUCUACUCCAAACGAGAGACACUCUAUAUGCGUGGUCUUGAACCUGGCCCUGAUAAACCCAGUGGUAACAAUCGGCUGCCACAGCACCAUCCUGGCUGGGAGCUGGAUUGGACGUGUCCUGUAGGGUUCCAGUCCAGUAAGGCUAAUGUUGAGGCCAUUCAGGCUCUGAUGGGGAAGUUCAGUCACCAGGCCCUUCAUCACAGGAGACAGGGUUCUACCCUCCUCAUCCUCACUGACAUGAGGAGGCAUCAGCAAACAUCUGACAUAGACAGGAUGGCCGACCUGUCAGAGCUGGGCCAGGUCAUCAGAGGCCGUGCCCGAUCGACUAUUUCUCAGGUCAGAGAGUACCAGGUGUCAUUCUCCAGCUACCGCUACCUCUGGACAGAUGACAGGUCAGAGUUCAUGAGACAGUUCCUGCUGUAUGGUCAUGUCCUGAGCACAGAGGAGGCUGAGCUCUACGCAGACUAUGAACUGGCCAAGAACCCACCCACACUGGACAACUUUAAAGAACAGAUCAGCCUGUUUGAGUCUCUAUACGUGCGGGUCAGUAAGCUGGAGGACAGGAGAGUGUUCUGUGGCUGGCUGCAGCUGGACAUCAAGCCCUUCAAACUGGCCCUGACGAACAUCAUCAAGAGGUGGAGUUGGAUGUUCAAAGAGCACCUACUCAACCAUGUCAAUCAGAGUGUGAGCGACCUGGCGUUGUUUGUCCAGAACACAUCUUGUGGUCUGUCUAAUAAGGUCUCAGACGGGGACUAUGCUGGUCUGGUGGACAUUAUGGGUCAUCUGAUGGCCAUACGGGACAGACAGAUCAGUGCUGACCAACACUUCAAACCACUCAAGUCCACCACUGAUCUACUCAAGACCUAUGGACAGCAGCUACCAGGAAGUGUCUAUACACAGCUGGAGGAGCUGCCUGAGAAGUGGAAGAGUCUGAAAAAGGUCGCAUUUACAGUGAAACACGAGGUGGCCCCACUGCAGUCCAACGAGGUCUCCGUCAUACGUAGGAAGUGUGUCCGCUUUGAGAUCAAGCAGCAUGAGUUCAGAGAGCAGUUUCGCUCGGAGGUCAUCUUCAGAAUAGACGUGGAGGAGCCUUAUAAGCUGAUUGACAAGUCUAACCGUGUUGUAGCAGUGUUGGAGGCAGAGAUGCGUAAGCUCCAGGACACAGCUGAUCUGUUCGAGGUCAGUUUCCCUGACUACAAGCAGCUCCGCCAGUGUCGCUYUGACAUCAUCCUGGUCAAAGCCGUCUGGGACAUGGUCAUCUUCGUCAAGACCAGUAUAGAGGACUGGACUAAGACCCCGUGGAAAGAGAUUAACGUGGAGCAGAUGGACAUGGAGCUGAGGAGAUUUGCUAAGGAGAUGAAGACCCUGGAUAAGGAGGUGCGUGUGUGGGAUGUGUAUCUGGGUCUGGAGUCGACGGUGAAGAACCUGCUGACGUCUCUACGAGCGGUCAAUGAGCUGCAGAACCCUGCUGUCAGAGAGAGACACUGGCAACAACUCAUGAACACCACCGGGGUGCGGUUUGUGAUGUGGGAGGGGACCACUCUGGGAGACCUACUGGAGCUGCAGCUCCACAGGGUGGAGGACGAGGUCAAAAACAUAGUGGACAAGGCAGUCAAAGAGAUGGCCAUAGAGAAGGUGCUAGCUGAGAUUACUCAGACGUGGAGUGUGAUGGCGUUGUCUUAUGAGAAGCACCCCAGUAUAGAAACUCCACUGCUCAAGUCGGACGAAAACCUGAUUGAGACGCUGGAAGACAACCAGGUGCAGCUGCAAAACAUCCUGAUGAGUAAGUAUGUGGAGUACUUCCAGGCGGAGGUGAGUGGCUGGCAGAGGAGGCUAAUGGUGGCAGACCUGGUCAUCUCCUCCUGGAUGUCUGUCCAGAGGACCUGGGCCCACCUCAACAGCAUCUUCACCAACAGCCACGACAUACGCUCUCAACUAGCCCACGAUGCUGAGAGCUUCCAGGGCAUACACUCCGACUUCCAGAACAUGAUGACAGAGGUUGUCCAGACCCGUAACGUGGUGGAGGUCACCAACCAACCCGGCUUCCUGGAGAAACUAGAGGCUCUGCAGCAAAGGCUGUCAGUGUGUGAGAAGGCCCUGGCUGAGUAUCUGGAAACCAAAAGACUGACGUUCCCUCGGUUCUACUUUGUCUCUGCUACAGACCUACUGGAGAUCGUCUCCAAGGGAACACAGCCCAAACAGGUUACCAGGCACCUGUUGAAGCUGUUUGAUAAUGUGGCGGACCUUCGCUUCCGAGACUCAGAGAAAGCGGGAGAGGAGGAGGGAGGAGAAAAGAAAGAGGGAGAGGAGGAUGAGGGGGAGGCAGUUGCCAUAGGAAUGUACAGUAGAGAAGGGGAGUACGUACCCUUCUCCAAACCCUGCAUCUGCCAAGGACAGGCAGAGUGCUGGCUGAGUGAACUGGAGCGGACUAUGCGCUCUACUGUCCAGAGGGAGAUCCAAGAAGCGGUCGCUGCUUAUGAGGACAAACCCAGAGACCAGUGGCUGUUUGACUAUCCAGCACAGGUUGGUCUGACUGGCAGCCAGGUGUGGUGGGCGACAGACGUGGGCAUCGCCUUUGAGAGGGUGGAGGAGGGCUUUGAGACUGCCCUGAAAGACUACAACAGAAAGCAGAUCACCCAGCUGAACUCCCUGAUCCAUAUGCUCCUGGGAGACCUGACUCCAGGUGACAGACAGAAGAUCAUGACCUUGUGCACCAUCGACGUGCACGCUCGCGACGUGGUCGCCAAACUCAUAGCACAGAAGGUGACAACGGGACAGGCGUUUGCAUGGCUGUCCCAGCUGCGCCAUCGUUGGGAUGACGUGACGAGACACUGUUACAUCAACAUCUGUGAUGCUCAGUUCCAGUUCUCAUAUGAGUACCUGGGCAAUACCAACAGACUGGUCAUCACUCCACUCACUGACAGGUGUUACAUCACUCUGACCCAGUCUCUCCACCUGACGAUGAGUGGCGCCCCCUCUGGUCCAGCAGGCACUGGGAAGACUGAAACCACCAAGGACCUGGGCCGCUCCUUAGGCAUCAUGGUCUAUGUAUUCAACUGCUCCGAACAGAUGGACUACAAGUCCAUAGGGAACAUCUAUAAAGGUCUGGCCCAGACGGGUGUGUGGGGCUGUUUUGAUGAGUUCAACAGGAUCUCCGUGGAGGUGCUAUCUGUGGUGGCAGUACAGGUCAAAACCAUACAGGACGCCAUCAGGAACAAGAGACAGAGGUUCCAUUUCCUGGGUGAGGAGAUCGAGCUGAGGCCCACCGUGGGGAUUUUUAUCACUCUGAACCCAGGCUACGCUGGGAGAACGGAACUACCGGAGAACCUCAAGGCCUUGUUCAGGCCGUGUGCGAUGGUGAUUCCUGACUAUGAGUUGAUCUGUGAGAUCAUGCUGGUUGCUGAGGGAUUCAUCGAUGCUCGCCUACUCGCACGCAAGUUCAUCAGCCUGUACACACUCUGCAAGGAGCUGCUCUCUAAACAGGACCACUAUGACUGGGGCCUGAGGGCCAUCAAGUCAGUGCUGGUGGUGGCUGGAUCACUGAAGAGAGAAGACAGGAGCAGACCAGAAGAACAGGUGUUAACCUUGGCCAGUAAUGAGCGUAUCAGUCUAUCUUCCUCCAUGCGUCUGCUUUUUGAGAUCAGCCACUUGAGAGCUGCAACCCCAGCCACAGUCUCCCGCGCUGGGAUACUAUACGUCAAUCCACAAGACCUGGGCUGGAGCUCGUACGUAACAAGUUGGAUUGACACCAGGCAGGCCCAAUCAGAGCGAGCCAAUUUGACCAUCCUGUUUGACAAGUACGUCCCAUACUGCCUGGAGCAGGUCCGCUGUAACCUCAAGACCAUCACUCCUAUACCUGAGAACAGCAUGGUGCAGACGCUAUGUUCCUUGUUGGACUGCCUGCUGACAGAAGACAACACUCCUCCUGACUCUCCCAGGGAACUCUAUGAGAUCUACUUUGUCUUCGCCUGCGUCUGGGCCUUUGGAGGAGCUCUGUUCCAGGACCACUUGAUAGACUAUCGCGCUGAGUUCAGUCGCUGGUGGUCGAAGGAGAUGAGAGCGGUGAAGUUCCCUUCGCAGGGCACAGUGUUUGACUACUUCAUAGACUCAGACACUAAGAAGUUCAGUCCCUGGAUUGAGAGGACGCCCCGGUUUGAGCUGGAGCCUGAUGUCCCCUUACAGACGGUGCUAGUCCACUCGGCAGAGACCAUCUGUCUGACGUACUUCAUAGACCUGCUGCUGCAGAGAGGCAAGCCUGUGAUGUUGGUGGGGAACGCUGGAGUAGGGAAGACCAUCCUGGUGUCUGAUAAAGUAGCCAAGCUAAAGGAGGACUACAUGGUGGCUAAAGUCCCCUUCAACUACUACACCACCUCGGCUAUGCUACAGCGUGUGUUAGAGAAGCCUCUAGAGAAGAAGGCAGGGCGUAACUAUGCUCCUCCUGGAACCAAGAAACUGAUCUACUUCAUAGACGACCUCAACAUGCCUGAGGUGGAUGUGUAUGGUACUGUCCAGCCACACACACUCAUACGCCAGCACCUGGACUACAACCACUGGUAUGACAGACAGAGGCUGGUGCUGAAAGAGAUCCAUAACUGCCAGUACAUCACCUGUAUGAACCCAACAGCAGGGAGCUUCUCAGUCAACCCCAGACUACAGAGGCAUUUCUCAGUGUUUGCGGUUCAUUUCCCUAGCGCUGAGGCGCUAGCCACCAUCUUCACUAGCAUCCUGUCAGCCCAUUUCCUCCAGGGGGGCUUCAGCUAUGGCGUCUCGCGCUCUGUAGGAACACUAAUACAGGCAGCCAUCUGUCUCCAUCAGAAGAUCAGUCAGAACUUCCUCCCCACGGCCAUACGCUUCCACUAUAUCUUCAACCUGAGGGACCUCUCCAACAUCUUCCAGGGUAUUCUGUUUGCCCUGCCAGAUUGUGUGCGUUACCCCAUAGACCUGGUCCAUCUGUGGCUCCAUGAGUCGUCCCGGGUCUACUCUGACAAACUGAUGGAGGAGAAGGAUGUGGAACUCUUCAACAAGAUCCUACUGGACACUGGCAAGAGAUACUUUGAGGGUAUAGAUGAGUCUAUUUUCAUCCACCAGCCCCUGGUGUACUGUCACUUUGCCCAUGGGGUGGGGGAGCCCAGGUACCACCAGGCGUCAGACUGGGAGAAGCUCCAGAAGACCCUGACUGAUGCUCUGGAACACUACAACGAGCUGCAUGCUGUCAUGAACCUGGUGCUCUUUGAGGAGGCCAUGCAGCAUGUGUGUCGUAUCAGUCGUAUCCUGGAGGCCCCCCAUGGUAAUGCUCUGCUGGUGGGGGUGGGAGGCAGUGGGAAGCAGAGUCUGUGUCGCCUCGCUGCCUUCCUCAGUACCCUAGAGGUGUUCCAGAUUACACUGAGGAAGGGCUACGGGAUACAUGACCUACGGAGUGAUAUAGCAGCGCUGUACAUCAAGGUGGGGGUGAAGAAUAUUGGGACAGUCUUCCUCCACACAGACGCCCAGAUCCCAGACGAACGCUUCCUGGUCCUCAUCAACGACAUGCUGGCAUCAGGGGACAUCCCAGACCUGUUCAGUGAGGAGGAAGUGGAUAUGAUCGUGACGUCCAUCCGUAUGGAGCUAAGAGGACUGGGCCUGAUUGACAACAGAGACAACUGCUGGGCCUUCUUCAUCGAGAGGAUACGGAGGCAGCUCAAGGUGGUCCUCUGUUUUUCCCCUGUAGGGUUCACCCUGCGUACCCGUGCUCGUAAGUUCCCGGCCCUGGUCAACUGCACGGCCAUAGACUGGUUCCACUCCUGGCCUCAGCUGGCCCUUCAGUCUGUCAGCACCACGUUCAUAGAGAAGAUACCUGAUCUGGAGCCGGAUGUCCGUGCGUCCAUCAGUGAGUUUAUCUCCUACGCCCAUACCAGUGUUAACGAGGUGAGUGUGAAGUACCAGCAGAACGAGAAGCACUUCAACUACACCACUCCCAAGAGCUUCCUGGAGUUCAUGAAGCUGUACGGUAACCUACUGGGGACAAAACGCAGGGAGCUCACUCAGAAGAUGGAGAGACUGGAGAACGGCCUGCAGAAACUACAGACCACAGCCUCACAGGUGGAGGAUCUAAAGGCUAAGUUGGCGGUCCAGGGUAGGUUGUGGCAGAGGAACACAGACACAGAGGCUCUCAUCACUAAGAUCGGGCAGCAGACAGACAAACUCAACCAGGAGAGGGCUGUGGCAGACGCAGAGGAACAGAGGGUAGGAACCAUCCAGGCUGAGGUGACCACGCAGCAACAGCAGAGUGAAGAGGACCUGGUGAAGGCUGAACCUGCCUUACAGGCAGCUAACGCAGCUCUCAACACACUCAACAGGCUGAACCUGACAGAGUUGAAGACAUUCCCUAACCCCCCAGCCAUAGUGACUAACGUGUCUGCUGCUGUCAUGGUGCUACUGGCUCCUCAUGGUAAAUUACCCAAAGACCGCAGCUGGAAGGCAGCGAAAGUCGUCAUGAGCAAGGUGGAUGACUUCCUACAGGCGUUGGUAAACUUCGACAAGGAACACAUCCCGGAAUCGACAGUGAGGUGCGUGAGAGAUGAGUACCUCAGUGACCCAGAGUUUAACCCUGAGUUUGUCAGACUCAAAUCAUCCGCCGCCGCCGGUCUCUGUGCCUGGGUCCUCAACAUCAUACGCUUCCACGAGGUACACCCCACACACACGAAUACACAAUGCUGUAUACACUCNAAUGCUGACCUGGCUGAGGCUGCAGACCAACUAGAAGCCAUUAGGAAGAAAAACUAGCUUGGGAGUUUGGACUGUAGUCUGGACACCCUGACUGCUGCGUUUGAGGCUACCUCUGAGAAGCUUCGCUGUCAGGACGAGGUCAACCACACCAACAAGACCAUCGAACUGGCCAAUCGCCUCGUCAAAGGACUCGAGUCGGAGAAUGUGCGUUGGGCCCACUCUGUAGCCGGGUACCAUGAGCAGGAGGAGACUCUGUGGGACAUUCUGCUGACUGCAGCCUUCAUCUCCUGCGGAUCCUUCUCUAAGAAGUACGCAGAGAAACUACUGGAGAACCUCUGGAUGCCCUUCCUACGUGGCCAGAAGAUCCCCAUCCCCAUGACAGAGGGGUUAGAUCCAGUGUGUAUGCUGACUGAUGAUGCUACCGUGGCUCAGUGGAACAACGAGGGGUUGCCGGGAGACAAGAUGUCCACUCAGAACGCCACCAUCCUCACCAACUGUGAACGCUGGCCACUGCUUAUUGACCCCCAACUGCAGGGCAUCAAGUGGAUCAAGAUUCGUUAUGGCAACAGCCUCAAGGUGGUCAGCCUGGGAGAGAAAGGGUAUGUGGAUGUGAUAGAGCAGGCUGUUGUGACAGGAGACACUGUCCUCAUCGAGAAUCUGGAGGAGUCCAUCGACCCUGUCAUAGACCCUCUACUGGGACGACACACUAUCAAGAAGGGCAGUUGUAUAAAGGUGGGGGAUAAAGAGUGUUUCUUCCACCCAGCGUUCAGACUGAUCCUCCACACUAAGCUGGCUAACCCCCACUAUAAGCCUGAGAUCCAGGCCCAGACCACCCUCAUCAACUUCACUGUUACAAGAGACGGCCUGGAGGACCAGCUGCUGGCCCAGGUGGUCAAUCUGGAGAGGCCCGACCUCGAGCACCUCAAGAGUGACCUGACCAAGCAGCAGAACCUGUUCAAGAUAGAGCUGAAGCUGUUGGAGGACGAGCUACUGGGCCGUCUCUCUGCUGCUGAGAGCAACUUCCUAGGAGACAACGUCCUGGUGGAGAAACUAGAGACCACCAAGCACACGGCCGCAGAGAUCGAGAUGAAGGUUCUGGAGGCGAAGGUGAACGAGGUGAAGAUCAACGAGGCGCGAGAACACUACCGCCCCGUAGCAGUCAGAUCCUCUCUGCUCUACUUCAUCAUGAACGACCUCAACAAGAUCAACCCCAUGUACCAGUUCAGCCUCAAGGCGUUCAACGUGGUGUUCCACAAGGCGGUGGAGCAGGCAGAGGUGUGUGAGGACGUGAGGGGCAGAGUCAACACUCUAAUAGAUGGCAUCACCUACUCCACCUUCAACUACAUCAGCAGAGGCCUGUUUGAGAGAGACAAACUCACCUUCACCGCUCAGCUCGCCUUCCAGUUGUUACUGAUGAGUAAGGAGAUAGACGUACGAGAACUAGACUUCCUGCUCCGCUUCAACAUCGACCACAUCUACAUCUGUCCUGUAGACUUCCUCUCCAACCAGGCCUGGAGCGCCAUCAAGACAAUGAGUUUCACUGAUGAGUUUCGUGGCUUGGACCGGGACAUCGAGGGCUCCCCUAAACGCUGGAAAAAGGUGGUAGAGUCCGAGUGUCCGGAGAAAGAGAAGUUUCCUCAGGAGUGGAAAGCAAAAAGUUCCCUACAGAAACUCAUUAUGAUGAGAGCCCUGAGACCUGAUAGGAUGACUUACGCUGUCAGGAACUUUGUGGAGGAGAAGUUGGGGGUGAAGUAUACAGAGCGGAGGAAGACCGAGUUUGCUAAGUCCUUCAGAGAGAGUGGACCUGCCUCGCCUGUCUUCUUCAUCCUGUCUCCCGGAGUGGACCCUCUCAAAGACGURGAGUCACUGGGCAGGAAGUUAGGAUUCACCAUAGACCUGGGGAAGCUCCACAAUGUGUCUUUGGGUCAGGGCCAGGAGGCUGUGGCUGAGGUUGCCAUGGAGAUGGCUGCUAGGGAGGGACACUGGGUCAUCCUACAGAAUAUCCACCUGGUGGCUCGCUGGCUGGGGUCGUUGGAGAAGCUUCUGGAACGCUGCUGUGAGGGCAGUCACCAGGACUACAGAGUGUUUAUGAGUGCUGAGCCUGCCCCUACACCACAGGAGCACAUCAUCCCUCAGGGAAUCCUGGAGAAUGCCAUCAAGAUCACCAACGAGCCUCCCACUGGCAUGCAUGCCAACCUUCACGCUGCUCUGGACAACUUUGACCAGGUAAAGGAAUGUGUUGCAGUUAGAGAGCAGGAGUUUAGACCAUUCCUGUUCUCUCUGUGUUAUUUUCAUGCCUGUGUGGCUGAGAGGCGCAAGUUCGGUCCUCAGGGUUGGAACAGGAAAUACCCCUUUAACACUGGAGACCUCACCAUCUCUGUCAAUGUGCUCUACAACUACCUGGAGGCCAACUCACAGGUGCCGUGGGAGGACUUGCGCUAUCUGUUUGGAGAGAUCAUGUACGGAGGUCACAUCACAGACGACUGGGACAGAAGACUCUGUAGAACCUACCUGGAGGAAUACAUGCAGCCCAACCAGUCUGACAGGAAGUUGGCUCUAGCUCCGGGCUUUGUGGUUCCCUCCAACUUGGACUACCAGGGUUACCAUGGUUACAUAGAUGAGAUGCUGCCCCAUGAGAGCCCGGUGCAUUAUGGGCUACACCCCAACGCAGAGAUAGAGUUUCUGACGGUGACCUCUGAUAACCUCUUCCACACACUGCUGGAGCUGCAGUCACCUGACUCUGUGAUGGGAGAGGGGGCUUCACAGACCGUAGAGGAGAAGGUGAAGACCAUCCUAGACGAAGUGUUGGAGAAGCUUCCAGAAGAGUACAACAUGUCAGACAUCACGUCUAAGACAGCUGAGAGAUCACCAUACAUCCUGGUCUGCUUCCAGGAGUGUGAACGUAUGAACACGCUCAUCUACGAGAUACGACGCUCACUCAAGGAGCUGGACCUGGGGCUGAAGGGUGAGCUGGCUAUCUCCUCAGAGAUGGAGCAGAUCCAGGCAGCUCUGUUCUUUGAUAACGUCCCAGACACCUGGACCAAACUGGCCUACCCCUCCACUUACAGCCUUGCCCAGUGGUAUAAUGACGUGUUGCUGCGCUGUAGAGAGCUGGACAGCUGGACACAGGACCUGGCUCUGCCCACCGUCAUCUGGCUGUCUGGACUCUUUAACCCACAGUCCUUCUUAACAGCGGUGAUGCAGUCUCUGGCUCGUAAGAAUGAGUGGCCGUUAGAUAAGAUGAACCUGACUGUGGAUGUGACUAAGAAAUUUAAGGAAGAGUUCAACCAGCCUGCCAGAGAGGGAGCAUACGUAUACGGACUAUACAUGGAAGGUGCAAGAUGGGACACUCAGGGUGGGGUGAUCGCCGAGGCUCGUCUGAAGGAGUUAACCCCCUCCAUGCCAGUCAUCUCAGUCCGAGCCGUACCGAACGACAGACAGGAGACGCGUAACAUCUACGAGUGUCCCCUGUACAAGACCAAGCUGAGAGGAACCACUUAUGUCUGGACCUUCAGCCUCAAGACCAGAGAGAGACCAGCCAAGUGGGUACUGGCUGGGGUGGCCCUGCUGCUCAGCGUGUAGAGGUACGGGUUAGGGGGUGAGGAGGGAGACCAGCCAAGUGGGUACUGGUUGGAAAGAAGCAAGGUCGUUUUUUUCAUUAGCUAUUCGUAGGGUGUGUAUUUUCUGCAUUAUGUUAAGUGUGAG